UAUAUUAUGGAAGCAACUUGAGGAAUGGAAAUGAGUGGAGUCAACUAUUACACGCAAACUCCUUAUGGGCCAAGAGCCAUCAAGGAUAUUAACAAGAGUCCUCCAAGAACAAGAUUAAAUAGGAUAGCCCCCUUGAGAAAUUGCAGAUCUAAAGAUAUUAGAAUGAGGAGUCCUCAGAAGUUUAUGUCAAGUUAUGACGCAGCUCAUAUGCUUGCAGAGGAAUAUAAUUCUGCACAGAAGGAUAAGCAAAAAGCAAGAUUACAGGAUGAUUACAAUCCUGAGUCACCAACCAGGACCAAUAUGCAGGGGUCAGCAUAUCAGCAGUCUCCUAUGAAAGAGCCUAUUUGCCCAUAUAGUCCUGCCAAGAGCCAUCCUAGCUUCAAGACACCGAGCUAUCAGGAGGCAAGCGAUCACAGAUCUCCUGAGACCAAGAAUCUAGAAAUGAGAUAUAAGUCUCCUAACCAUAUAAAUAAUCUUUCUGGUUAUUAUGACAGUAACAAAACUUACAAAAAGCCACCAAUGGAAGCAUCCCCUUCUGAAGAAGUGAUGUCUCCAAACAAUUCAAAGAUGGAGAGCAAAGGCUUAAAAGAAAUUGAGGAAGAAUCUAGCCAUGAAGUUAAAGAUUAUGCUACUUUCCAACCAAAAUCCCCGAAGAAAACAGAAAGCCACUCCUUUGUAAAGUCUCCAUCAGGCGAAGAGUCCUUUGGAGAAGCAGUCAAUCAAAUCGUGUCUCCAAGUGUGAGGCUUGACUCUAGAUUUAGCAGGAAGGGAGAUCUAACCGUUAGCAGUAGGGUUCCUGAUGAUGAAUCUGACUACAAAACCAUCACUACUGGGUUUGAUGGCAUGACUCAAGCAUUUCAACGUAUCAAUAUGGAAACUGAGAGAAGAAGCGCAAGCAGCCAUAAAGGAUCAUCUUAUGCUACUCCUACAUGCCUUUCUUUUAAGAAGUCACACAGAAAGUUACUGUACCCUGUAGUGAAAUGAUUCAUGGAGCAAGUGAAGAUCUUGCGUGAGAUGGAACAACUCAAGGUUGAGUUAUGAAAUACUACUGAUUUCAACCUCCCUGAUGCCUACAAAAUCUUUAGUAUAAACAAAGUCGCUCAGCUUGCCAAACAUGAGUUCCUGAAAGGAUGCCAAAUUUUCGGAAUAAUUACAAGAAAGAAAGAGAAAUUACUCAGUAUUUUUGACAGAUAUGUUGCAGAUAAAAACUCAAAAUUAAGCUUUAAGAGAUUUUGCAAGAUAUUUACUCCCUUUGAUGCAACCUGGAACAAGGAGGUGCAAUCAAGGAGACCUCUGUAUGAGAAAGGAUUCCCUAAGGAUAAAUCCAAGGUGUUCAAAUAUGUCACCAAUCAGUGCAUUAUAAAACUUCUGGCUAGACAUGUAAAGGCAGAGCUCCAGUUUGUUGCUCUUCAGAAACACUGAAACGCAUCUAUCGAUGAUCCACAGAGAUGCUUCCAGCUAUUGGCUAGACAUGGUGAUAUAAACAAGACUGUCAGCCAAAGAAGUAUUUUGAAGAACCCUUUUAGAAGCCAGAGUGAUAAGUUCAGUACUCCUGCCCAAAGUAUUGCUAGUCCCAAGAAAGUCAAAGACUACAAGGAGGCCUCUCAAGACUUUAUUGAUCAAGAAAUUCUGAUGAAGAGAAUGCAACAGUUCUCUAUGGAAGUUGACAUCAACGAUGUUGGAAUGCUCAUCGAACUGUAUGACAAGUCAGGUACAAACAGGAUCAAUUAUGUUGAUUUCCUGUACCAAUUGUUGGGAAUCGAAUAAAAGAGAACUUUUAUAUUUCAAUU